GAUUUGCAGUGUGUCCAAUUUCUCCUUUAGACAUGGCGUCUUCCAAAUGCAAUGUUUUGUACUUGGCUCUAUUUUUUGAUGCCAUCUUCUUGUUUCUUCUAAGUUCUUCUUACCCAUGUGAAGCAAGGGUUGUAGAGGCAAAGGAAGAGAACAGGGUAAUGGUUCAAUGCAAGGAAAGGAUGAUAGCAGGGAAAAAAUUCUGGUGCUGUUGUGAACGCUGUCAUCGUUCUUUGGAACGUUGCAAGAUGGGUUGUCAAUUCUUUGUUCGUCAUCGUCACUCUCCUCCUCCUCCUCUUUCUCCUUCUCCUCCUCAACGUCCCUAAAUUCAUUAGGCUCCGUUUGGUUUGGUUAUAUUGAAUUGGAAUUGAAUUAAGAUUAUAAUUAUAUUGAAUUGAAAAUGUAAUAUUGAAAUUGUAACUCAAUCUUAAUUUCUUUGUUUGGGAGAUCUUAAGAAUUAUUAAGAAUUGUUGUUCUAAU